GCAGUCCCCUCCCUUUACUCUCUCGCUCUCUUUCUUUCUCUCUCUCAUUUUUGUCUCUCUUUCUCUUUUACUUCUUCACACCAUAUUUCUCGUUCUCUUUGGCCCUUCACAAUCUCUCUCACCUUUUCUCUUUCCUUUACUGUCUGGCAUCCACCACUGUGUUUUAUUUUGUCAACAUGUACCGGAACGCUUGGAUCUCCAACUAUAUCAACCAUGUCAAGUUGUGUCAGGGAGAAACAGCCACUAAAGUCAGCAAGACCAAACUACAACGGAGAGCUCUUAGCUUCCACAAAGAGUUUUCGUUUGAGGAAAAGGGCGAGGGAACCAACAGCAACAAAGAAUUAGAUGUCAGUCUAUUGACGAAUACACCCAAAGUCUCAGAAUUAAGGAAACGUUUUGAGGGUAUAAGCACAAGUCAGAGUUGGGACAUGAACAGAAAAGAGCGUAUUGCAAGGCGCCUGGAGGGUAUUGAUAGUGAAGUUCUCCAAAAUCUCCCAAGUUGUGCUGGUCUGGUGACCAAUCGGCUGCUAGAGGAGGACACUCCAAGAUACACCCGUGCAGCAGACACCUGUGACCCCUGUUCAGUUUCUCUUCAGCACUAUGGCAAAAACGAUCCAAACUUCUCAAAAACGCACAACACAGACGUUCAGUCCAGAACCCACACCAUCCACUCCGAGUCUGCCUACAGCACUGACACCACUCAUGCGCCGGAUCUGGAAUCUAAAGCCGAACGCAUCGCCCGCUACAAGGCGGAGCGGCGACGUCAGCUAGCCGAGCGUUACGGUAUCUCUCUGGAUCAAGAAACGGACACCAGCUACACACCUCGCUUCUCCAGAACCUCCAAAGAGCCUGACGGUUCAGAUCGACAACGCAGGACAAAGGCAGAAGGAGAAGAGGUGGCGGAGCAUAAUGCUUACACACCUAGUCCUCAUGAAGAUAAGACCAGCUCACACAUCCGCACAGAUCCAGAGUACACAUGGGAACGUAAAGACUCUCUCUCUGAGCGUGAGAGGUUGAUGAAUCUGGAGAACCAAAGGAGGGCACAAGAAAGGGAUAGAUUGCAUAGAGGUGGAGGGGUUGCACCUGACCCAUCUGCAACAUAUAUGGAUGUGUCUGGGUCCGCCAGAGUCCCAGGGGGCAUGGGAGUUCCCGGCUCACCCGUUGCAGGUAGAAGGGUCACAAUGCCAUCUCCCAAACAGGGAGCAUCUCCCGGUGACCUGUUUAUUGAGCAACAGUCUCAAAAUAUCCUGCACAAACAAGGCUCCCAUAGCCAGUCAGCCAGCCAAUGGUCACUCCAGACUGAUUCGGAAGGAGACACCCUCACUCCGAUCAACUGGCCUUCCAGAAUCCGAGUUAGGGAGCGACUUGCCCGCGAGGAGCCUUUUCACAAGAGUCCAAAGUUGGGCUCCAAAACAGAGGGUCGUGCUUACAACCAGGUUCCCCAGUCAUUCCCUCGAUAUCAUUCAACUGAUACUCCAGCCACACAAAUGACCCAUCAAGAUCUAGAGGAUCGACAUCUUUACUUCUCUAUGGCCUGCGAACCUGGUUUCAAACAUGCACAUGAGAACCAGGAGGUGGUUCAAAAAGCAGAAUACAAAAUGGAGGAACAACAAGACGGGAGGGCGGUUGGUCUCCUGCGCAGCAAGAAAGCUGUGUUACCCUCCGAGAUUCGACGGAAGGAAAAAAGCAUUGAGGAGCCAUGCCGUGCAUAUGCCGACAACAUGGAGGCAAAACCAGGGAUCAGUGGGCGUGAAAGGGAGGGUGUUGCGGAAGACCCUAGAGGGAGGCGUGGAGCGCGAGUUUACACCGAGCACGUAUCCCGACUUCAGGCUGCAGAGUCUAUGCAUCUAAAAACUAAAGAAGCCCAAAGGAGGGCUGAUGCUAACCUCUUUCAUCAGCAAGGAUCAAGUUAUGCACCACUUCAAACACAAGCCUCCAGUGGAGGAUGGGGGCCAAGUUCAUCCAAACCCCUCCCUCACUCCAUGUCAGAUGCUGGAAGUGUCCAAAAGGCUGCUCCUCAUCAAAUCCCUAGAGAGGCUGCCUAUCAGGAAAAAGUGCCCAAUGGAGAUCAUCUGUCCAAUGAUGUCAGAGUUUCAGUGGCCAAGCUCCGGCACUCCUACCUGGAAAGUGUUGCAAGCACCCGGAAAACCGAACUGGCAAAGGGACUGCCUGCAGUUCCAGAUGUACCCUGGAGAAGUGAAAGAGGCAGAGAUCGGUCGUCUCAUCGGCCUAUGAGAUAUAUAUGUCCCACUGAGAGUAGAAAGACAUCUGAGAGGUUUAAAACUCAGCCAAUCACAACAACCGAACGCAAACAAACAGACCGGUCUUGUCUAAGCCCUGAACCACUGAGCCCUGAGGUGGACGAGGAGAAGCUGGAUGAGAGAGCAAAGCUGAGCGUGGCUGCCAAGCGCUCUCUCUUUAGGGAGCUAGAGAAAACAUCUGAUGGUUCAGUUCUGAAGUCUUGGAGCCGUAACCCCGGCGUGGAGCGGAGGCUGAGGAGAGGUCAUGAUCGCUCCCGUACUCAACCUGUGACCUCUGAGGAGGUGGUCAUUGCUGCUAGUGUCCCUGGCAAUUUGUCGCAGUCCGAGACUGUACAAACUUCUGUAGCACGUGUCCCUAGUCCCACUAUAAUCCACAGCUCUGUAACCAAAAGCAGCUUGCAGGCAUCAUCUCAGCAGAGCUCUAUGGUGAGGGAGCAGGCCAGAGAGGUUCGGCUGGCUCAGGAGGCUGCGGAGAUGAAUCGAGCUCACCACACAUCUCCUGGACAGGAUAUACAGGAGGAGCCAGAUCUUUCCACGCUUACACUGGCAGAAAAGAUGGCACUCUUUAAUCGCCUGGCGCAGUCAUCCGGCCAUGGUCCUCGGGUUAGAAGUGACACUCGGGCACGCAGGAGUAACGCCCGCUACCAGACCCAGCCAAUCACAUUAGGAGAGGUCGAACAGGACGGUUCUGAGAUGUUUGACGAGGCGUCGGAGUUCUCAGUGGGUCUGAGUGAUCUGGAACAUCUGCAGCCUCAGGGUGGAAGUCGUUUUGCAUCCACCUCUUCCUCGGUCCUUAAAUCAUCAACAGUUUCCACUGAACACGCCGGUGACAUCCAGCUGGCCACACCCAAUGUAUCUGGCCCAGCCUACUAUGAGCAGGUUCUGUGCCCACCGCACCACUCUCAAUCUGCCCAAGAGCUCCAGAAACAUCAGGGACCAGAUGUGUCACCUGUUGCCCAAAGAGAAAGUCUGGUGAUGGGCAUGGGGAAGAGGAAGCUCCCCUCUCCAGAGAGCCCGAAACGGAUGCCGCACGCUCAGCCGACCAGUGAGUGGGAGGAGUAUAAAGGGCACCAUAAGGAGUGGGUCACCUAUCGUGACUUUUCAGAAAUAGAUGGAGAGCACAAGUCAAAGGCAGCCAUCUCAGAUCUUCCUGUCCACACAGCCACAGUACGUGCAGUGACGGCUGCGUCGCAGGACUCGUCCUCCUUACGGGCUUUGUCUCUCACUCAGCACACGCACGCACAGACGCACACAGAGUCUGGCACACACCUCCUCGAGGAGGACGCGAGAGAGCAGGAGUACGACACUGAGUUUAAAACAGAGGAGGGAGACGAUAUUGCAGACAUCAUGUCUGCCAGACAGAUGUCCAUUAAAGAGAGGCUGGCUCUGUUGAAGAAGAGUGGAGAGGAAGACUGGAGGAACAGGAUCAAUAAAAAACAGGAUGUGGUGAAGGUUGCCCUGUCUGAAAAACACGCCCAGCUGUGGGAAGUGGAGCAGAGCUUCAAGAAGGAUGAUGAGAUGAUGAUAGAUGACUUUGCAGUUUCUGAUCAACUUUGGGACCCUGUCUUUUCCUCCUCCUUUUCGUGUGCCUCUGAACCACUGGAUCAUAUACCCAUUUUCCCCCAGGCUUCCCCCCUGCCCAUGCAGGUGGAUGAGCGUCACCCCUGGAGACGGAAGAGGAUUGGAGAUGAGGUGGAGAGCCAGCGCAUCGAGAUGUCCAUUCAGGAGCGCAAACAGCUUAUCACCGCACAAGAAGAGGCCUGGAAGGUCAAAGGUUACGGAGCAGCAAAUGACUCUACCCAGUUUACUGUGGCUGGUCGUAUGGUCAGGAAGGGUCUGGCAGCACCCUCUGUGCUUUCAAAUCCAGUGUUGUCCCCUCUUCCCUCUAAGAACAAGAACGCCUCCCACGCCAUUUCAAAGCCAUAUGAAGAGAUUGAAGUCAGACAGGACAUGAAGCUGGAAUCAGACAAGAAGCUGGAAAAGUUGGAGUCAUUCCUUGGUCGACUAAAUAGUAAAGUUUUGGGACUUCAGGAGAGCACAAUUGCAGUCACAGAGAAGUCCGUUAAAGAGGUCAUGACCCUUGAGGAUGAAACCUUUGAUAAGUUUUAUCGACACGCAGAGGAUAUUGCCAAGAUCAGCAGCAGAGUGGAAAUCAAUGACGAUUUCGAUACCAUCUUUGGAACGCAGCAGCCCAGGUUGACCUCAGAGAUGGAGCAGCACAAGCGAGCAGUUCGGCCAACCAGGAACGUCCAGUCUUCCAAGAACCCCCUGAAAACGUUGGCUGUUCGGGAGGACAUCAGACACGAGUACACGGAGCAGAGACUGAACAUCGGCCUUCUGGAAAGCAAGAGGAUGAGACAGGAAAAGAUGAAUAAAAACAGUGGAUUCUCAGAAGUUGCUCUCGCUGGAUUGGCCAGUAAGGAAAACUUUAGCAAUGUGAAUCUGCGGAGUGUGAACGUCUCCGAGCAGAGCUCCAACAACAGUGCCAUGCCUUAUAAAAAACUCAUGCUCAUUCAGGUCAAAGGUCGUCGGCACGUCCAGACAAGAUUGGUGGAGCCCAGAGUUUCUUCUUUAAACAGUGGUGAUUGCUUCCUCUUGAUCACGCCUCAUCACUGCUUCAUCUGGAUUGGAGAAUUUGCAAAUGUUAUUGAGAAGGCCAAAGCCUCAGAGUUGGCCACGUUCAUUCAGACAAAGCACGACCUGGGCUGCAGGGCUUCAUAUGUGCAGACCAUUGAAGAAGGUGCCAACACUCAUACUCAUGCAGCCAAAGAGUUCUGGAAGAUUCUCGGUGGCCAAGCAAGUUAUCAAUCUGCAGGCACUCCAGAAGAGGAUGAGUUUUAUGAGAAUGCUGUGGUGGAGACCAACUGUAUCUACAGACUGUUGGAGGAUAAACUUGUUCCUGAUGAUGACUACUGGGGUCGAGUGCCACGCUGCUCUAUGCUCAACUGUAAAGAGGUGCUGGUGUUUGAUUUUGGUAGCGAGGUAUACGUGUGGCAUGGUAAGGAAGUGAUGCUGACCCAAAGAAAAGUGGCUUUUCAGCUGGCUAAACACCUGUGGAACGGCACUUUCGAUUAUAGCAACUGUGAUAUAAAUCCUCUGGAUCCUGGAGAAUGCAACUCACUCAUACCCAGAAAGGGUCAGGGACGACCAGACUGGGCUGUUUUUGGCAGGUUAACUCAGCACAAUGAAACUACUCUGUUUAAAGAGAAGUUCUUGGACUGGACUGACGCUAAGAAACUAUCAAGAAAAAAUGACUGCGCGCUUGGUGUUGAAAACAAGGAGCUUCGGAGUGGGGAAUGUAGGCCCUAUGAUGCAUCUCUUAUGUUGCCGAUGGUACGAGUGCCAGUGAAGACCGUUCUGGACGGGGUGGAUAUCGGACGAGGUUAUGGAUUGGUGGAGGGCGACGAGGGGCGGAACUUUGAGAUUAGCACGUUGUCCGUUGAUGUCUGGCACAUUUUAGAGUUUGACUACAGUCGUCUACCCAAACAGAGCAUUGGGCAGUUCCAUGAAGGGGACACGUAUGUUGUCAAAUGGAAGUACAUGAUCAGCACAGCAGUUGGAAAAAGGCUGAAUUCAGAAAGGAUCAUUGGUCCAGGGAAGGAGAAGUGUUGUUAUUUCUUCUGGCAGGGUCGUAACUCCACGGUGAGCGAGAAGGGAACGUCAGCGCUGAUGACUGUGGAGCUAGAUGAGGAAAGAGGAGCUCAGAUGCAGGUCCAGCAAGGGAAAGAACCUCCUUGUUUCCUACAGUGCUUCAACGGAGGAAUGAUUGUUCAUGCUGGAAAGCGAGAGGAAGAGGAGGAAAAUGCACAAAAUGAAUGGCAAUUGUACUGUGUAAGAGGAGAGAAACCGAUAGAAGGCCAUCUGCUGGAGGUGGUGUGCCACUGCAGCAGCCUGCGGUCUCGUACCUCCCUCAUUCUCCUGAACAUCCCUAGAGCCAGCAUGUACCUGUGGCACGGCUGCAAGGCUCAGACACACACGCGGGAUGUGGGCCGUACUGCUGCCAACAAGAUCAAGGAGCAGUGUCCACUGGAGGCGGGGCUUCACAGCAGCAGUAAGGUAUCUAUCCAGGAGUGUGAUGAAGGAGCAGAACCGCUUGGCUUCUGGGAGGCCUUGGGAAGGAGAGAUCGAAAGGCUUAUGAUUGCAUGCUGCAGGAUCCUGGGAAGUUUAACUUCACUCCUCGUCUGUUCCAGCUAAGCAGCACUUCAGGAGAGUUUGUGGCGGUGGAGUUCUUGUAUCCAUCCAGAGAGCCGAAUCUAGUCAACUCGAUGCCUUUCCUGCAGGAGGAUUUGUAUACAGCCACUCAGCCAGCCCUAUUUCUGGUGGAUAAUCACCAUGAAGUUUACCUGUGGCAGGGCUGGUGGCCUGUUGACAGUGAGAGCACGGGCUCAGCUCGCAUACGAUGGGACUCGGACAGGAAGUGUGCAAUGGAAACUGUGCUACAGUAUUGCAGAGAAAAAAAUGAGAAAAAACCUCCGAAAUCAUACCUGAUCCAUGCAGGGCUGGAACCUCUUACCUUCACUAACAUGUUUCCCAGCUGGGAACACCGAGAAGACAUUGCUGAGAUCACAGAGAAGGAAGCCGAAGUGUGUAAUCAGAUUAUCCUUGUUGAGGACGUCUUGACUAGACUCUGCAAGACCACUUACCCAUUAACUGAUCUACAAGCCCGUCCUCUACCAGAAGGCGUUGACCCUCUACGUCUCGAGAUCUACCUAUCAGAUGAAGACUUUGAGGGUGUAGGGGCUUCUGGGAAGAAAGCAUUGGAUAUGACAAGAAGUGAAUAUGAGGCAUUGCCAGGAUGGAAGCAAGUGAAUGUGAAGAAAGCCAAAGGAUUGUUUUAGUGUUCGUAACUACACUGGAACUGCUGGGUGAAUCUGCAAGUGGAAAACUUUCUCGUUCCUUUUGUUCCAGGAGGGAAAACACAAGUGAAGCUCUACCUGUGUCAAACCACACAGGGAGGAAGACGUUAAAGAGAAGACAGAGAUUACCAGGGGUUUACCAGCCUCUUGUACCACAUGCUUCCUAUUUUGUUUCGUUUUAUUUCAGGUUUUAUUAUUUUUGUUUUGCUCUGUUUUCGUGUUUGAUGUUUUGGGAGCUCCCAAGCUCGUUGUUAUUUUUCUUCCUGUGCACAUGAUAGAAGCCAUUCAGCUGUCCAGCAUGCACAGUUCAGCCCUCAUGCACUGCCUAGCUUUAUGUAAAGACCCAAUUAAAGCAGCCUUUUAGUAUUAUCUGAAUGUAAGAAAGCUCAGAUGUGUCAUUGUUAUAAUAUCAUGUAUGCACUGGUGUCACAUUAUGUAAUUACGUUUUUAUCAUUCAUACCUGCUUACUUAUCAUCCAGAUAGGUGCUUGAUCGUUUUGUGUGUGUUUCUUUGAGUGUUUGAGACUCUGUACAGUGUGUGAAAGUGUCUCUUCGAACAGACUGGAUCGAAAUGAAAAUUGUGGAAUAAGAGAAUAUGUCUUUCUAUUCUGCAUUGUAUAGUGCCUUGCCUACAUGUACAGUUUAUAUAAAGACGGAUGCUAGUCUGCAUUUUUGAAGACUUAUUUGUGAUAUAAAUAAAUAUUAGAGUAAAAUAAACACUGAAAUAUGUAGAUAUUGAA